CACACACACACGCGCUCAAUCUCGCCACCGCGCGCACAGUCGCUCAUCCACUUCACCGCUACAGGCAUUUGCUACAUUUCAUCCACUUCUAUAAUCGCGCUUUGAACCACCAUGGAAGAGAACAUGGAAGAGGGACAGACACAGAAAGGGUGUUCUGAAUGCUGCCUCAAAUGCCUGAGUGGGAUACCCUACGCCUCUCUGAUCGCGACCAUCCUGCUGUAUGCUGGGGUGGCGCUCUUCUGUGGCUGUGGUCAUGAGGCUCUCUCUGGGACCGUCACCAUCCUGCAGACCUACUUUGAUGUUGUCCGGUCGCCUGUUGAUGCCCUGGACGUCUUCACCAUGAUUGACAUCUUUAAGUAUGUGAUCUAUGGAGUGGCAGCAGCUUUUUUCGUCUAUGGUAUUCUACUGAUGGUGGAGGGAUUUUUCACCACUGGGGCCAUCCGGGACCUUUAUGGGGACUUUAAGAUCACCACCUGUGGGCGCUGUGUCAGUGCUUGGUUCAUCAUGCUUACUUACAUCUUCAUGUUGGCUUGGCUGGGAGUUACAGCCUUCACCUCUCUGCCAGUCUUCAUGUAUUUCAACAUCUGGAACACCUGUCAGAACAACACUCUGGUGUACAAUACUAAUCUUUGCUUCGACCUGCGUCAGUUUGGAAUUGUGUCCACUGGUGAGGAGAAAAAACUGUGCACUGCUUCUGAGAACUUCAUCAAGAUGUGUGAAUCUAAUGAGCUGGAUCUGACGUUCCACUUGUUCGUCUGCGCACUUGCGGGGGCUGGAGCAGCCGUUAUCGCCAUGGUGGUGGCAGUGUCUGUCCUCAUCCGUAACAAUGUCAUUCUGACGUCUAAGAACACGGGGAGGUACUGCACGCGUUUCUGAAGCCAGCUCUGGUCUGGGGUGUCCCUUCCCACCUCCCGACACACUCUCUGUCCACCAAGGGCCCCACCACCAUCGCCCACAGCAGCGACUUUCAUAAUGACGUCCCAUAAUUGGCUUGACUAAAAUGACACCCAGGCCCUUCCAUUUUGCAAAAUCGUUUCAGUUCAUGUCCUCCUCCCACCUCCCCACCAUAACCAGCUGCGUAGCCCCAAGUUAACCCAACAGUUAGAAGUGAUAACAUGUGUAAGCAAACAAACUAACUUCGCUUGUAUUCAGCUGGAACUGGUUGCCGCUUUGCCUGACAUGGGAAAUAACUGAUCUGGUUGAUCUCCAGUCUAAACUGGGGCACUAAACGCUGUCCCUGUCUUCUCCAGAGUAAUUCUUUGACCUUUUUUUUUGGGGUGUACAGAAUGGUCAUCAGCACUAACACUAACCCUCCCCUCUAACCACUGUGUUG